AUGGCUCCCCUCAACCAUCCAAGCUCACUCGCCACCAUCCGAUCCCCCAAUCAACCCACCCCAUCACCACCCCCAUCCUCCACAUUCUCAGCCAUCUCGAACACCACCCCACACACACCGAACACUCCCACAGCCCCCUUCCACAGACUCGCACUCGACCUCGACCUCCCCGAAACCAACUGCGCCCUCCAGUCCGCACUCAGACGCCACCCCCUCAGCCCCCCGCUCUCGCCGAACACCCACAUCCACAUCAGAAAAUGCCCCUCAGCAGCCUCUCGCAGAACCACCGCCACCACCAAGCUCAACUCCGCCAGCUUCGACUCCAUCCCACUCAUCCUCCCCAAGUUCUCCCGCCCCUCCGAACUCAAUCUGCCCAGCCCCACCCAGCCCGACACCCUCGCCUCCAUCUACAUGGUCUGCGGCCUGCCCAAGAACCCCCAGUGCUGGACCCUCGCCCAGCCAGACUACCCGCCCACCCAUCUCCAAGGCGCCCUCCCACGCUUCUGGAGGCCAGAAGUGCUCGGCACAACUGUCUCGGGCCAGGAGACCCCUGAUCCUGCCCGGGAGAGCAACAGCCCGCCAGACAUCGGCGCCGGGCCAGAGCCGAUCAGCAAGGACGAACUCUCCAAGAUCCAAGGCAAGGCGAUCAAGCUGGCCUUUGCCCGCGAGCUCGAAGUCAUCGCCUCCCCCGUCCAGCCACCCAGCACCACCCACUGCUUCUCCUUCACCGUCCCCGCCCAGCCGGGGGACGACCUCUCGGGCUCGCUCGGCCACCAGUGGGACCCCAGUCUGACGAGCUCGAGCACCGACUCGGCCACUCGCCAGCCGCCGGAGAAGACCUACUACGCCGCCUGUCUCCAGGUCUGGUCCCACUCCGACCGCCGCCGCGCCGACGCGAUCUGCAAGACCCUCCAAGAGGGCUCCAAGGCCGUCAACUCCCCCAUGGGCCUCCUCCCCUCCUCGGCCGACCUGUCCAGCAACGCGGCCGUCUACCACAGCCAACUCAACGGGCUCUCCACCGCCGCAGCACCCUCGGCGGCCGGCGAAAGCACUGACACCGACGACCCAGAGGGCUUCUUCUCCGACUCCGAGUGGGAAACCGGCACCGAACUCCUCUCCGAUCACAUCGCCUCCCGGCUCACUAACAACACAUCCACUCAGACCGCCCCGAACGCCCCGCUCUGGCUGCCCUUCUGCUUGGUCUUGAUCUCCAAGUUCCCUCUCUACGACCUGCUCGUCGACCAUCUCAAAAUCUCUUGGGCCCGAUACCACAACUCGAUCUACAAACAUUCCCAGGAAAUGCUCAAGAUGCUCAACUUCACCCUGCCCAAAUCAUCCUCCGUCAUCAAACUCCCGGUGGGCUCCUCUAAGGAAUCCAACACCAAGUUCAUCGUCAAGCUGCCGGGCAAAAACGAUCUGAGCAACGAGGGCCUGGAAGAAGUGAACUUCACGAUGUGGCCGUUGUUCAAGUGCUUGAGCAUACAGCACAUCGUCUCGAUUUAUGAAAUCGGCCUGUCCCCAAUGGGCCGCAUCGUCUUCUUUUCGAGCCACCCAGCCAUCCUCAACAUCGCCGUCGAGUCCUUCAAGCUGCUGCUCGAGCUGCGCGGCUGGGUCGGUCUGAGCCAGAGCAUCAUCCACUCCAGAGACUUCAAGAUCUACCUGGAAGAUCCCGGGCCGUUCAUUCUUGGCGCUAAUUCUCAGCUGAGACAUAUCGCUGCGGACGUCUCUCCUGAAAUCAUGAUAGUCGAUCUGGAUACAGAUACGAUCAGGUGCCCCAAGCCUCAUCCUGAUGCCCUAUCAAAAGGCCAAGACCGGAUGAAGAUCGAGAGGAAGCUGUACAACCUCCUGGGCAACUUCACCGGCCCGAAGGCUGUCCCCGCCGAGCUUCAAGAAGCUUUCCCCGGCGGUAGGUUCCGUCCUUUCAGUGCCGUCGAGAUCAAGGACCAGCCCUCGGAAGCCGAACGAUUACUCCCUCCCCCUGAAUGGAACUGGAGCCAGACUCGAACGGUCAUCCUUUUCGAUGACGUCAUGUCCAAGAUGCCAAGGAAAGGGUUCGGAAAGAUCCUCAAGCGCACGACUAAUCGGCAAGCUGCAGUCUUGGAUUCCUCGGCAUUACACGUCCAGGAGAUCAUCAGAAAACACACCAUCAGAUUUGUUGAUCGGCGAGACAUGCUAGAAACGAAGAUUUGGAAACUGAACAGGCGUCUGGCCUUCCUGAUGUCCGAGUCGAUGGAGUGGAAGCAGCACUUUGACAACUUCCAGAAGUUCACCGACAUGUUGUCGACCGAAUCCCAAGACCUCAAAACUCGUCUGGAGACCGAGAGACGCGAACAUCGUACUCUGACCGGCGUCGUGGCCGAACAGAAGUCUCGCCAAGUCGAACUCGAGGGCAGAUUGUUGGAGACUGAGAAGGCUUGGAUGGCUGCCCAGGUCGAAUUGGCUAAAGCGCAAGAGAUUAGGGAAGAACUGCAACGCCAGAAAGAAAUCAUGGUCUCUGAGAUGAAAUCGAUCGCGCUAGGUGGAGAAGACGAGAAUAUGCUGGGUCAAAUCGUGCCCCGCAUAGGAUCGUACCCGAUGAGAAGAGCGAGCGUCAGCCACAACCGCCAAAUCUCACUGACCACUAAAAAUCUGCGUCGUCUCAGUGCCCAAGAUCGACUUGCAUCCGCCUCGCCCUGCUCGAAUUCCCGACUCGAGCCUCACGAAGAGUCGGAGUUCGAAACCGAGUAUUCUCUGGGUCGGCUCGGUUCUGCGGGGGGCUAUGGCAACUUUCUGGGGGCCGAGUCGGAAGUAGAAACGAUCUCGGACGACGCGAGCGCACUGAGCGAGAUUCCGGAUGAUGACCAGCGGGCACUGCUCUCGCGUAGUGCGGUGGUGGAGACGAUGAAAAGUAUCCAGUGCCGGCUCGAGGCUGCCCUCCGCACUGCCGGCCAGCUGGAUGAGGAAGAGUUGAAAGGCUAUGAAGUCAACUCGCCCUUCCCGAAGUCGGCUCUCUCGCGCAUGUCGACCGACUCCCAAGGCUCGAAAGUCAUCCCUCUCCAGCGCGGAAGAAGAAAACCCAACAGCAGCGUCAACUUCGAGUCCGACAACACCACCAGCUUCUCUAUCUCUUCCUCCCCCGCUCCGAACACCGAAUCCAUCCUGGCUGACAGCCCCACCGACGACCCCCCCAUACCGUCGAACCGCCAGCCUAAACGUGCGACUGGAUCGGCAGUAGUCUCACUCCUUCUGCCAGGCUCAAGCAUCUUUCGCGGAAAGAUGAACAACGGCCUUGGCGAUUCACAGACCUCUUACACCUCUGCGUUCAACAGCGAAGAGGUCCUCGGGACCGGGGAAAGUGGGGAUGAUGAUGAUGAUGAUGACAAUGAUGAUGACAGCAAUGACAGGCGAUCGGAAGUAGACGAUGGAAACUCAUUCGAUGAUGAUGGUGAAUCGUUUGUCAGUGCCAACGACCAGUCAGACAACGCAGACCGUCGCCGGAUCUCGUCCGAUUCGUGUUACUUUCACUCGCUCAAUCCUGACCUCUCCUCGCCUAACGCGACCAGCCGAGUUUCGAUCCUUUGUGCAUCGCCCUCACGGCCUACGUGCCGUCCGCCACCACUACCCUCCCACACGACUUCCAAGCUGGCCGGGCGGAAAAGCCUGAAGAAGGCCAGUAGCGGGAUGAUCGCGUUUCCUACCAGCCCCUCCGAGCUUGACGAAGAGGAGGAUUCGGGCGAGUUGCGGGUGCAGAAGUAUCUCGAUGAUCGGCGCGAUUACCGCUGCGUGGAGCUGGCCGGCAAUCCAGACCUGACCGCGAACAGUGGUAGCGACAAAGACUGGACCCUGAUGGGCCUGCGAGGCGCCUACGAGCAGCCCGGGAGCCCGACGGCGACGCUGGAUGGCACGAAGCCGAUGGCCACCGACGGCCUCAUGAGCCCGAUCCACCACCGCGGCAGCUUCGUCUCCAACUGCAGCUCGACCACCGUUAGGCACGCCUCCGGCCAGCCCGCCCUGCCCCACUCGCCUCUCGUGCCCAUCCGCACCCUCCAUCGCCAGUCGCGCGCCUCCCACACCACCAUCAAGCUCUCCUCGACCUCCCCCCGCCACACCCUCUCCCCCCCUCCUACGCCUCACACACAUCCUAACGAGACUGGCUACCCUGCCAGGACCGAUCUCGUCGACUUCCCCCUCGAUAACUUGAGGCUUAACCUCGGCUCCAUCCAGUCCAGUCGCAGACUCCGCUCCUCUCCCUCCCCUACCACCCCCCUCUAUCCGGCCCCUCACCGCCCUCCCCACGACUGCUCUCCCAAGUAA